GUCUCGGCCAGUGCCAUGAAAAACAGAACAUAGAAAAUCAGAGGAAUUCUUUUUAGCCUUGUGUCGAACACCUCUUGUGCUUGGUUAUACAUAAUCUAAUGAUAAAUAUCUAACAAAAUAUUUGAUUAGGUAGCAUACAAACAAGAUCAAGCUUGGCACGUGAAGUCCUGAAUUUUAAGUUGAAUAUAGAUUUAUUAUUUACUACUAUUGUAGAUUUGUUUUUUUCGGGUGGAUUCCAAUUUUUAUAAGAAUUCGGCAGGGUGACAGCUAGCCGAAGAAAGCAAAAAUCGAUACACUAGAUGCAACCUCCUUUGUGUGUAUCGUCCCUGAGAGGUAGGCCGAAGAUGGAAAAGAACGGACAGAAACAUCGCCGCCGGUUAGUUCUACUUCCAUGUCCAUUUCAAGGACACAUAAAUCCCAUGCUUCAACUAGGUAGCUUUCUUCACUCCAAGGGAUUCUCCAUUACAGUUAUUCACUGCAACUUCAACUCUCCUAACCCUUCCAACCAACCUUCUUUCGAGUUCAUUCCGUUCCAGGAUGGCUUAUCCUGUAACGAUGUAUCAUCUGGGGAUAUAGUAAGGAUUAUACAGAGGGCGAAUGUCGGAUGCAAAUCGCAUCUCCACGAAUGCUUGUCUCAGAUAAUAACGCAACGGCGAGGAGGCCAAAAAGAUGAUGUCGCCUGCAUCAUCCAUGAUGAACUCAUGUACAUCUCCCAGUCUGUGGCCAAUUCUUUGAAGCUUCCAAGUAUCGUCUUUCGCACCACCUGUGCUGCUACUUCUCUGGCUCGUACCGCCAUUCCCAUACUCAAGGCAGAAGGUUACAUUCCCUUUCAAGAUUCUGAAUCACAGGACCCAGUCCCUGGUCUUCAUCUACUCAGGUUUAAGGAUCUACCCAUUCCCAGGUCUAAAACUUUAGGCGGCUUUGAGCAGCUAGUUGUUGACGCGUAUAACAUUGGAACAUCAUCAGCCAUCGUUUGGAAUACCAUGGAAAGCCUUGAAUUAUCAUUAUUGGAGCAAAUCCAACAACAAUGCCAAGUUCCAGUUCUUCCCGUUGGUCCUGUGCACAAAUUUGCUCCAGCCUCUUAUUGCAGUAGCUUAUUGGAAGAAGACAGGAGCUGUAUGUCAUGGCUUGGGAAGCAAACUAAAAACUCAGUUAUAUACGUAAGCAUGGGAAGCUUAGCAUUUAUGGAUGAGAAAGAGCUAACUGAAAUGGCAUGGGGACUAGCCAACAGUCAGCAGCCUUUCUUGUGGGUGAUUCGACCUGGCUCAAAUAGUGACGGUUCAGACCAAAGGAUAGAAGAACUUCCGAAAGUUCUCAGAGAAACGUUUGGAGAGAGAGGUUGCAUCGUGAAAUGGGCACCACAGAAGGAAGUUCUGGCGCAUAGCUCGGUGGGAGGGUUUUUGAGCCAUUGUGGCUGGAACUCAACGCUGGAGAGUAUUUGUGAAGGGGUUCCAAUGAUUUGCAGACCUUCUUUCGGGGACCAGAAAGUGAAUGCAAGGUACCUGAGCCAUGUAUGGAGGGUAGGUUUCGAAUUGGAGGAGUUGGAGAGAGCUCAGAUAGAGAAAGCUGUAAGAAAAUUAAUGGUGGAUAAGGAAGGGGAGGCGGUGAGAGAGAAUGCCAAUAAUUUGAAGGGAAAAGCUGAACUCUGCAUUAGAGAAGGUGGUUCCUCCGACAACUCCCUGAACAGGCUGGUGGAUAUGAUCAUGUCAUUUUAAUUGCAAAGAUACUGUUGUCACAUGCACAAGGUCACAACUUGGUCUCUUUACUAAAGUCGACCUGCAGCACUUCAUGUGUCUUGAGUACUCGUACUACUCGAGCCUAGCUAGAGUCCUCCAUAAUAUUUUUUUUACUUUAUUUUAGCCUUCUGCUGAAUUAUUUCUUAAUCCCAAGAAAAGAUCGGUGUUCAUUUUGUUCAUUGAUUUUGGCCAACAGUGGUCACUGUUGCAUCAAUAACUUGAAUUGUACUCUUCUAACUUUCCAGUACGGUUCAUCCUUUGCAUCUCGCAUGCAUGCAUUGUUUAAUCGAAUUCAAACUCUUUUCAUGUUUUGAUUCA